AUGGAAACGGGUAAGGGAGGUCCUCAUGAUCUCGGUGAGGAGUUUGACUGGUCGCAAAUGCCUGGGUGCGAUAACCAUCUUCCCCCCAAACAUGAAUCGAGCGUCAGCCGUGUUGCGUCGCUGCGGAGUCACUACCACAUAGAACAAGUCUCCUUUAGCCACUCAGAGGUUGGCGCAAAUCCCAAUCAAUCUCUACUUGGAACCGAACCAACUCAAGCAUCCAAGGCGAAUGCAACGCUGUACAAAACGGGCCCCCAAGCCCAAUCCCAGGUUUCGAUAACAGAGUGGAUGCAUGCACUGUUCGAUACGGUCAUGUACAUAAAUUAA